UUUAAAAUUAGGCUGUUUGGGUAGGCCCUAAUCCAAUCUGACUGGUGUCCUUAUAAGAAGAAGAAAAUUGGACAUACAAAAAGAGGCACCAGGGAUGUGCAUGCACAGAAGAAAGAUCAUAUGAGGACACAGUGAGAAGAUGGUCAUCUGCAAGCCAAAGAGGGAGACCUCAGAUGGAACCAAACCUACUGACACCUUGAUCAUGAACUUCUAGCCUCCAGAACUGUGAGAAAAUAAAUUUCUAUUGUUUAAGGUACUCAAUCUGUAGUAGUUUGUUAUGGUAGCCCUAGAAAACUAAAACACCUUCUUUAUGCUACAGUUGUCUUAUAUUUUAAAUCUACAUACCUUGAAAACCCCAGUAGGCAAUGUUACUUUUUUUCUUUGUUUUUAACCAUCAAGCAUAUUUUAUUUUAUUUUUAAAAAUUUUAUUGAAAUAUAGUUGAUUUACAGUGUUGUGCAAGCAUAUUUAAAUGUCUCAAGAAGAGAUCAAGAAUCUAUUAUUUUACCAAGACAUUUACCACUUCUGUUACUCUUCAUCCAUGUUUUCUUCUGGUGUCAUUUCCUUCCAGUCUGAAUAGCUUCCUUUAGUCAUUCUUUUAGAGUAGAUCUGCUAACAUUAAAUUGUCUUAGUUUUCUUUCAUCUGAGAAUGUCUUUACCUUAAUUUCUGAAGGAUAUUUUCACUGGACAUAGUAUUCCAGUUGAUAGUUCUUUCCUUUCACCAUUUGAAAAAUGUGCCAUUUCCUUCGGGCCUCAAUUUCUAAUGAAACUAGUUUCAGCUGUCAUCAGAAUCCUUCUUCCCCUGUAGGGGGAUGCUUUUAAGAUCUUUUACUUGUCUUUUAUUUUCAACAGUGGUGUUUGGAGGGCAUAUUUACAUGUUUUUGAAAUAUAUAAUCCUGUCACAAUAUAUUGGCUCGUAAUAAUAACAAACCAUGCAUCUGUUAUUAUGUAUGUUUUGUUUUAUUAAAUUUCUGAAAUGUUUAGUAUUGCCUUAUCGAUAAAGAAGAUUCUCCAAGUAUUAGCAGAGUAACUCAUUAUCACUUCAAUAACGUAAAUAAAGCAUUGUAAAAUUUUUUGAAUUACAUGAUUUCAGUAAUUCCUGAGAAUUUCCUGGAAUUCUGAUUUCUUGCUCCUGAAUCCUGAAGAUUACUAUCCAUCAGACAUUUGGAAACACCAGCUAGACCUGAUAACAUGGUAAGCUGCAUUGUGUUCCUGGAUAGCAAGGUAUAAUACUACAAAUAUAUCAAUCCUUCCGGAAAUUAUAUGUAAACAUAAUGCAAUUUUGAUCUGAAUGCCAGUAAACUUUUUUUUGGAACAGGACAAAAUAACUUUAAUGUUCAUACAGAAGAACAAAAGUCUAAGUAUAUAUAAGAUUUAUGGCUAAGAAAUUGUGAGAGGUCACUUAACUUUAAUCUGCUGAAAUCAAAUCAGUACGAUCUUAGCACAAGAAAAGAAAUUAAAUCAGUGGAACAGACUACAAGUCCAGAAAUAUAUACAAAUAUAGUUAGGAAUUUAAUAUGUGACAGAAGUCUUAUUUUAAUUCAUUGGGGGAAAAUAUAAAAUAUAAUAUAGUUUAUAAAUCAGUUAUUCAUUUGGGAUAAAACAAAGCCAGACUGUUGUCUCAAACCCUAUACAGGAAUAAUAAACCCUAGAUGGAUCAAUUAUUUAAAUGCAAACAUUAAUCAUUACAAAUAUUAGAAAGAAAUUUGGGAAAAUGUAUAAAAUUGGGAUAGGGAGCUCUUUCUAAGCAAGGCUAGAAAUCCAGAAGCCAUAAAAGAAAUGGCAAUCCUUUUUGAUUACGUAAGAAUCGGGGGGAAACAGCAUGCCAAAAGGCAUUAUGCUUUUAAUAUCCCACUGAGACAUCCUGGACAAUAAGGUGAAAUGAGGCACAAUUCCACAAUCUACCUUUUCUAAUAUGCGACAAAAUGAGCAAAGUUACCACCAUUUACCACCUUUACAAACGACCAAAGUUACUCCAGCAAUAUCCAAACGUGAGAAGUUUUCAAACAUCUGACAUCAACUUUGCAAACUGGAGAUCUCAAAACAAAAGAUAUAAAUUUAGCAUCUUUAAGAUUUAAUCAUUUGUGUGCUGAUUCUCUGGGAUUUUAAAAGUAGAUAAUCAUAUCAUUCACCAGUUAUGACAGCUUUCUUUCAGUCCUCACGUGUUUGAUUUGUCUUGUCUUUCUUCACUGUCUGGGACAAUCUCGCAAAGAACUGGGGAGAGUGAGCAUCCUUUAUCUAGCUUUAAAGAAAUGCUUCGUUUUGCUCUACUUCUGGGAAAUUUCCUCAACUUUUAUCUUCCAGUUCUUCUACUAAGUCUUUCAAUUAGAUUAUAAUAUUUUUUACUUUCCCCUAGUGUACUUAUGUGUAUAUACUUUGAUAAUAUAAAACAAUUAAAAAAGAAAUAACAGAACCUUCCCCAGAGCUGAAAGACAUAGAUCUCAAAUGGAAAUGGAUCUCAAAUUCUCUGCACAAUGGGUCAAAAAAGGCCCAUACCUAGUCCCAUUACUAUGAAUUUCAGAGUAUCAUGUAGAACAAUAAGAUAAUAAAAGCUUUCCAGAUAAGAACUUUUGAAGGUAAUCACUGAAAGAAUAGAAACAAGGUGCAUAAUUUCUAAACCAUUAGAAGAAAGAAAAUGCAAGAAGAAAUAAUAAAUCUGUCAAAGUCAGGAAAGAAAAAAGACAAAAUAUGGUAGAUUGAAAACAUGAGAUUAUAUGGUAGGAAAAAUCCAAAAGGCCCUAGGGUUGCCCCUGCCUUUGGCUUCAGGUUGAGGUGCAGAGGAGCAGAGGGAAGGUUCCCCAGGAGGAGUGGAUUCCUCUAAGUCAGCCUGCCACCAUUUAAAGGUUUGUUGGUGAAGGUGGGAAUAAAUGAAAAUCCUUAUACAUGGUCGGGGAGAAAAUAAAUUGGUGAUGUCUUUUCAGAGCAGUUUGACAGUAUCUGUACAAUUAAAAAAUUUAAGAUAGUUGUGUCUACUCAGCAAUUCUACUUCUAGAUAUUUAACCAAGAGAAAUAUUUGCUUCUUAGCACAAACAAGUAUAUAUAAGCCUAUUCACAUCAGCAUUAUUUAUAAAAGCCGAAGAUACGUAUAAACAUCUCAAAAUGCAUCACCAAGGGAAUCAUUAAAUAAAGUGUGGAAAUCUGUACUCUGGAACACCAUGCAGCCGUUAAAUGGGAGGUGGGCAGCCACGUGAGAAAAUCCUCAAGAUCCAUUUUUAGGCAGAAGCAUGUUACAGAGAAAAUUCUGUGUUUAAAAAAAAAAAAAACUUCUCUACUUAUGUGUGUGUAUUCUUAUAGGUAUAUAAAUAUAUCUGAAAAGACACAUCAAAUUUCUAUUUCUGGGCUCGGGGGCUGGAAAUUGGAUAAUUUACUACCUUCCCCUGACCUAUCAUGCCUGAGCUAUAGGUGAGGAUACACCUUAAAUCAGUGACGAAUAUGGUGCCCUCUCCCCCACAGCCAUGUGCACGACUAAGGGACAGAGGAGGGUAGUGUCUCUUACCUGGCACCUAAUAAUCCACGUAAGGACUUUUUCCUUUUCAUCUGCACAAUCUGGGAUCAUUGGAUUUUGGAAGCGCUAGUGCCCGAGGAAAGAACCCACCCACCAGGGAAGACAGUUUUGGUUCUGUUUCAGUUUGAAGAUGAGAUUGAAUCCUGGCUGAUUUGGGCUCCUCAUUAUACCACUAGGAAAUCCUACUCUCCACCACCCCCUUCCCUCCUUCCGAGCGGAGUGAAGAGAGCUGGCCAGAGCUGGGGGAGCAUGAUGGCUGAGGCCCCAGAGGAAGCUCAGAUGGCAGGGACCCCGGGUCAGGAUUGAGCAAGAGCAGAGCAAUGGGCUCCUCUGGACCCGGGUUUGCAGUGAUGGAGACACCAACAAUUCUGAGGUCUUCAGAUGCAGGAAGUGAAAGGAGGUGUGGGGCAGACUGCACCUCUGGUUCCUUCUGGUCCAAUGCUUCUCUCCCAAAUGGUAAAAUUGAGGAAGUCAUGGGAGCUCAAAAGAAGCGGAAAGGGAGUAGACACUCCCUGCAAGAGGAAAGCAGAUCUGGCCGCAUAUCCAGCUGCCCCGUGCACACCACGUCUGCCUGCGUUUUGAUUUCAAUUCCUUCUUGUUAUUUACUGCCCCAAUCAGGGAAACGGGAGAUUCCCAGAUUAUAGACUCCUGGUCUUUCAGACACAAAGACCAGCAGGUCUCCAGUCACUUAGGUGGCUCCUCCUUCAGUCACCCCCAUCCCAACUCUCCAGGAUUUAGUUUUUUCCAGCUCUGGUCAUUGCUGCACAAAGAACUCAAGAAUCAUAGCCUCUGGACUUUUCACAGCCCUGCCCGCGGGUCCUACCUGGUCCCAGCCUCCGUCUUUAUCCCGGCUCCUUCCCCAGCCUGGCCGCUGGCCCUGCCUCUACUUCAGCUCCGACAGCCUCAGAGGCCGUGUUGGUCCAAACAUGUCAGUGAAGUAUGAAGACCUCCAGUACUUGGAGAGUGAGAAGAAAAGCCAGGGGUUUACAGAUGGGCUGCCUGCCCUCGAGACCUUCCUGCAGCGGCUCCUCUCCGGCACCCGCUCCUUCCUGCUCUCCCUGGGCCUCAGCCUCCUCCUGCUGGUCGGCAUUUGUGUGAUCGGAUCCCAAAAUUCCAAGUUUCAGAGGGACCUGGCAACCCUGAGAACAACUUUCAGCAACUUCACUUCAAACGCUACGGCUGAGGUCCAGGCACUGAAAUCCCAGGGUGAGCCUGGUGGAAGUUUGCAAGAAAUGAUAACACCUCUGAAAGCUGAGGUGGAAAGUCACAAGCAGGAGCUGCAAGCAGCCCGUAGCUUGAAUGAUAAGGUGCUUUCUCUGGAGAGCAGCCUGGAGAACCAGCUGCAGGAACUCAAAGCAGGUUAUUCCGAAAUGCUCCUGCGAGUCCAACAGCUGGUCAAGAACCUGCACUCCCUGACCUGCAAGAUGGCUGCCCUCAAGAGCAAUGGCUCGCAAAACAACUGCUGUCCUACCAGUUGGCUGGAGCAUGAAGGCAAAUGCUACUGGGUCUCUUCCUCGGGGAAGCCCUGGCCCGAGGCUGAGAAGUACUGCCAGCUGGAGGACGCCUACCUGGUGGUCAUCAACUCCAGAGAGGAACAGGAUUUUGUCCAGGCCCAUAUAGGCUCCUCCUACACCUGGAUGGGCCUCAGUGAUCUGGAUGGAGUCUGGAAAUGGGCGGAUGGGACGGACUAUGAGACCAACUUCAAGAACUGGAAGCCAGGCCAGCCGGACGACUGGCAAGGGCACGGGCUGGGUGGGGGCGAGGACUGUGCCCACUUCCACCCCGAUGGCAAGUGGAAUGACGACGCGUGCCAGAGACCCUACCACUGGAUCUGCGAGGCUGGGCUGAGCAAGGGCAGCUAGGGGAGUGGACCACCUGGCCGAGGAAAUGGCGGGGCUGGGGGAGGGGGACCUUGUCCUUGUGGGAGAGGAAUAAGCCCUGGGAGAUUGGAGCACUGCCAUUGUUUUGCGUUGGUUUUUUUUUUUCCCCCUUAACUUUUAAAAGAUUAUCUAGAGUUCCUAAGGUAUUUUUUUAAAAAAUUU